UCAUUCAGACUUCUGACAUACAGCAGAUAGCAGGGUGUACAGAACCAGAUUGGAACUACAGAUACAAGAAAGUGGUCAUGGCGCGUCUCAUAUUAGUUGUCCUCGCUGCAAUGGCGGUCGUGAGCCAAGGUGCCAGAAAAGUGGAGGAGGAGAAGAAACCAGACUUUACCAUUACUCAUGAGGCCUGGUUUGACAUUGAAAUCAAAGAUUAUGACGGUCCAGGAGAGGACUACAGAGGCAGAUUUGUUGUCGGACUGUUUGGAGAGCAAGUGCCAAUGACAGUCCUGAAUUUUGUCAAGUUGGCCAACGGAUUCCAGAGGAAGAAGGCAGAUGGUAGAGUCGAGAAGUUGCACUACAAAAACACCAUUUUCCACCGUCUGGUAACGGAUUUUGUCAUCCAGGGUGGUGACGUCACAGUCGGCGAUGGUUCAGGAGGUAAAAGCAUCUUCGGCGAUAAGUUUAACGACGAAAGCUUCACAAUCAGCCAUAAUGCUGCUGGUUACUUAGCUAUGGCCAAUCACGGUAAGGAUACCAACGGCUCUCAGUUUUUCAUCCUUUUGAACCGAGCCAGAUGGUUGGAUGACAAGCACGUGGUCUUCGGCAAGAUCAUCCAAGGCAUGGACGUUCUCAGGGAUAUGGGUGAAAUCAAGACAUUCUCCGAUUCCCGCCCCAGGAACAGGAUUAAGAUCGUAGACUGCGGAGCUGACCCCGUCGAAAAGAAAUACACUUUAUCUGAAGAAGAGGCCAGAUCGGAAAAAGACCUCACCAGAGACUAAAUAAUAAAUUUGUAUUAGCUAAUUUAUUAGUCAUCAAAAUUUCUGACCAACUCUAUGAGGCUUUCCGAUUCUGAAAAACUUUUUAUUUCGGACAAAAUACUCUAAUGUUUUAUCUGUAGGCUUAUGAAGUUCUGCAUAUAGUCUGGCUAUUCUGAACAGUAGGAAUAGUUCAGGCCGCCCUAUAUAUUAAGUCUUUAAAUGACGAUAAAACAAUCUUCUCAAAUUAAUGUUUUCUUCUGGAACAAACUAAAACUUACAGAAACGUUAAAAGCCUUUGUCAUAUCAUUAAUAGUAUUUGAUUUUAAAAUGAGUAGAAAAUGUUGUUUGUAGCUGAGUUAUAAAAUCGAGAGACAGGAACAACCUUAAGUUCGCUCAACAAAUUUAAAUUAUUUGUGUAAAGAAAACUUUUCCAACUGUUUGAAAUUCACUUAAGUUCAGAUCAUGUGUAUAUAUGUGUAUGGAAUCACUUGGAGAAAACUUGACAUGUAUUUCUUGUCUUGAUGAUUCGUAUUGCAAUUCCAAAUCUCGGCUUGGAAAUGGACGUGGCGUAAUUUACUCCGUAUUAUAUACGUUUUUACCAAACGUUUGUGUUUCAUGUGACCAUUUCAUUGUGUGUUUAAUGUCUUUGUUGUGUAUGUGUUUUAGGAAAAAAUAUAUGUGUAAAAACUUA